AUGCGCACGAUACAGCAGCACAGCUAUGGAGCUGCCGGUGCUGCCUACGUUGACAAGGUUUUUCCAUCGGUGCAGGGCAACACCUUGGCGCGCAUAGCCAGUAUCCCUCUGUUCAACUCGGCUUAUCAGAUCGCUGUGUUCACCUACGCGGACAUAAAAGGUGUCCACCCCGUGGUGGGUUUCUUCUGCGGCGUGGCAGAGCGCAGCGUGAGCACCGUGGUGGGGGUGGCCAUGAUGGCAGCCACUCCGGUCAUGCAGAGGCUGGAGGUGCCAAUAGCUGCGGUUAAUAGCUACACACUGAGAGGUGUGGACGAGCUGGAGGCGAGAUUCCCCAUUCUGGAUCAGUCAGCAGACGAGGUCCUCGGGAAUUUGCGAGACAGCCUGGCUGCGAGCAUGGAGCAGCUGCAGGCCAGCACCGCCGAGCGAGUGGGCCGGCUGACGGAGAGGGCCAGCGGGGUGGUGGAGGACGUGGUGGGCAUUGCGGCCUUGGGGGUGAACAUCGUCCUGAAUGCCAGCGUCGUCCGCCAAGCGCUGGAGCCCGGCGUGAACGCAGCUCUGAGCCGUGUGGAGCAGAUCGCGAACCACUAUCUCCCUGCCACAGAGGAAGAAACCAGAAGGCAUGUGCCAAGCCUCAGAGGCGUGAAGCAGAGCCCGGAAAGCGAGCAGACCUAUGCCAGGCAGCUGCAGCUUGUGAUUGCUACCUCUGCCCGGCGAGCGAACCGGAGAGCGUGGUCGUAUGCAGAAGGACUAUGGCGUUGGGUGCUCCGGGCCCUGAACCAGCUGCUGGAGUUUGCUGUCGAGGUUUCUGGCCUUGCCAUCGGCGAGAUGCAGGGCGUGGAGAUGAGGAACUGA